AUGCCAGCUGAACAAGGAUACCGAAUUUGGUUUACUGGCAUUACUGGCUUACGUGCUCCCCCGCCACGGCGACCUCCCGACUAUCAACACGUGUAUACUGCUUUAUACUUGAACGAAACGGAAGAUACUCCAAUGUUAAAUUCUCCUAUGGAGAUGGAAGGUAUUAGUGUUGUUGGAGAGAAAGAGGUGGAAAAUGAAAAGGUGCGGAUGAAGAAACAACUAGGACUCUUGGAGGGAGUUGCCAUCAUCCUGGGAAUCAUCUUUGGAUCUGGUAUUUUUAUCUCGCCUAAAGGUGUAAUUCAAGAAGUUAAGUCGGUGGGUUUGUCACUUGUUGUGUGGGUCCUAUGUGGAAUUUUAUCCAUGAUUGGAGCAUUAUGUUAUGCUGAACUUGGGACAUCAAUACCUCGAAGUGGUGGAGAUUAUGCAUAUAUAUUUGAGGCUUUUGGACCGCUUCCAGCUUUUUUGUAUUUGUGGGAUGCAAUGCUAAUUUUUGUACCUACUACAAAUGCUAUAAUGGGUCUCACAUUUGCAAAGUACGUGAUACAGCCAUUCUUCCCCAGUUGUGAUCUUCCAGACAGUGCUGCACGGAUGAUAGCUGCUGUAACCAUAUGCAAGUGCACUGUCACUCAGUUCAGUUUCUUGACCUUCAUGAAUUGUUAUGAUGUAAGGAAGACUACACGAAUGCAGAACAUGUUCAUGUUCACCAAAAUCAUAGCACUACUCAUCAUCAUAAUUGCUGGAUUGGUAUAUUUCUUUUUAGGACAUUCUUCCAACUUCAGUAAUUCAUUUGAGAACACAACUACAGACCCUGGAAAAAUAGCUGUGGCAGUGUAUUCAGGAAUUUUUUCUUAUUCUGGUUGGAAUUACCUCAACUUUAUGACUGAGGAACUGAAGGACCCUUAUGUGAAUUUGCCACGCGCCAUUUACAUUUCAUUGCCUCUGGUAACUCUGAUCUAUGUACUUGCAAAUGUUGCUUACUUGGCAGUACUCACCCCUGAAGCACUGAUGUCUUCAGAUGCCAUAGCUGUGACAUUCGCAAAUGAAGUCCUGGGACCAGCAGCAUGGUGUAUGCCCCUGUUAGUGGCUUUGUCUGCCUUUGGAGGACUGAGUGUUCAUGUCAUGACUUCAUCAAGGAUGUGUUUUGUUGGUGCUCGUUAUGGACACUUCCCAGCAAUGUUAGCACAUAUAAAUGUUAAUCGAUUCACGCCCACUCCUUCAUUGGUUUUUCUGAACCUGCUGUCAAUGGUGAUGCUUUGCACGAGUGAUAUUCAUGCACUAAUCACAUAUGCUAGUAUUGUGGAAUCGUUCUUCAUAAUGAUGUCAGUAGGAGGUAUUCUGUGGCUGCGGUACAAACACCCUGAAAUGGAAAGACCCAUCAAGGUUUCAUUGUGGAUUCCCAUUUUGUUUGUGCUCAUCUGUGCCUUCCUUGUGGUGGUACCCUUGUAUGAGCGCCCCAUUGAGGUUGGAAUUGGCUUACUCAUUACAUGUUCUGGCAUCCCUAUCUAUUUCUUGGGAGUUGUGUGGCAGAAUAAACCAGCAUGGUUUCAGAAUGCUCUGGUUGCCGCCACCUACAAUGUUCAAAAGCUGUUCCUGUCAGCCAAAGAAGAAUAGAUAUAAUGUGCUUAGAAAUUGUAUUGGACCAGUAUAACAAUGGUUUAUCUAAGAGUAUUAGCAAAUAUUUAGAAUUGGAGCCAAAAAUGACAUCUGUGAUAUUCGAAACAAUUAUUCUUUUCAAGUUAAUACAAGAGUCAAAUAAUUUAUGUAAAGAAAAACUUCUCAAACUGGGAUAUUGCUCUUCGUAACUUAAAUUUGAUUUGAUUGCAAAUUAAAGGUUUGAAGAAAUUUCAUUUAAAAUCAUUUUUUGUUAUUAUCAUAAUUGUAUUUAAGUUGCUAUUUUGUCAGUUUUAAAUAAUCGUUACUUAUUGUAUUAAAUUUAUUUAUUACAAUAAGUAUAUUAUUGCAUAAAAUUUAGAUUAUUUAUUUUGAGAUUUGAGCAUGUUCAUGAGUUUUUUAUCUGCUUUUUUGUGUCUUCGUUCUAUUUUUACUUAUUUCUUCUUAAGUUUUUAUAAUGUUCUCUCUCUCAAUUGUUAAAUAAGAGCCAAAAUUAGGUAUAUUGAUUUAAAAAUUGAAAUAUCAUGUUAGUAAAUUUAUGUAAUUCUAUUCUCAAUUUUUGUAUUGAUAUACGUUGUACUUUUGAGCAAAUUGCUUGUUUCUUGUAAUAAAUGUUAUAAUUUUUUUCUUUUGCCUUUUGGAUAACUUUAGAACGGGUCGUUGAUCUUUGAAAAAUAAUGUGAAUACAGAUUUUUAAAGCAUUGAUUGAGAGAAAUAAACCAAAUAUCAUGGAAUUGAAUUGAAGUUGAACACAUGUUUUUGGCACCGAGUUUCUGAUAUUAUUAAAUGCAUUAGUAUUUUAUUUUUCAUCUGCUAUUUACUAGGUGGUCAUGGUGAGAAUUUGUUUCAUAAAUCUAUGCUGGUGUAAAUAAAUAAUCAAUUAUUAUUUCUAUUGAAUAAAAGUCAAUAUUACAAACUUUUAGGAUGAGUAAAAACGAACAACAGAUUUUUCAGUUCAACUGAUGUAUUGUUUUUUCUACAUUUUUUCAAACAGCUUUGAGCAAUUAAGAUAUACUAUUGGGUUUAUAUUAAAUUUUAAUUUUUUUAUGCUGUGUAUAGUAUUACAUUUUGUGAUUGUGAUUUAAAUUGGGAAUGCAAGAUUUAUCUAAGGUAUUUAUCUUUGCUUAGAAGGGUCUUUGGUGAUUUUGCAGAGUGAGAUAAUUACUGUGAAAUCAUAUUUGACAUUAAUCAUAUUAAAUGCCCUGAUAACAUAUGUAUUAUUGAUUAAUGUCAAAGAACUGUGACCACCUACUUAAAAAUUAUUUUUGUUAUUUAUUAAAUCAUAAUGCCAAUGAUUUAUUUAUGUUUUUAUUAUUUGGCAGUCAACUGGAUUCACUCCUUGUAUAUUAGAUGGUUAAGUUGUGUAUUAUAAGAAAAAUGGCAGUGUCCAAUUGAUAUGUGGUGUAGCAUGUGAACUAUUCUAAUUGUUGAUCUUAUGUACUUGAGGUGGAUAUUGCUGUGCCACUCUCCGAUAAUGUGGUGUAUUAUGCUGGUGUUCGGAUGCCAUCUCCUAGCUAAUAAGUUGAAUACGGAACAGUACGUUGUACUUCAUACUUAACUCUUGAUAUUUUUAGCGUGACAGAAAUAAUUAUAAUUAUUUUCUUAUUCACUUCAAACUAUUGAAAUACUAAAUGGUGUAGAUCAGGGGUCUUCAACUUUGGUUACGCAGAAUCCUAGCGUUCCUUGGCAGGUUGACCAGUUCCACAAGUGAUCACUAUUUGCUCAGCCAAAACAUGUUUAAUGGAAAUCAUCUGAACAAGGAAUUUUUCAUGUCGAAGCGAGGUAAUGGAUUCUCUUACUAAAAUAUUAGAUUAACCCUUUGAUUGCUCUAGACAAGUUUAUACACAAAAUAUUUCUGUGUUUGGUAGCCUUUAGACGAGUUACUAAUCUCAGUUAGGUUGUUGCUGGGUGCAUCAAGAUGAGAUUCUUUGCAGCAACAACUGCAUAGUCCCGAGAGCCUCUGGAUGAGUUCGCCCAUGCAGACGCGCUUUCGGCUAUUGCUAGGACUUAUUGAAAACAGGUGCCUUGCGUGGUAUCUCUGUGUGAGCGAGUUCAGUUCACCAUGUGGCUUGCAGCAAGAAGCUUGAUGCAAGAGGCAUGACUCAGUCAGCUGGCCUGAUGCAGUCAGAGGGUUAAUAUAGUAUUUAAGUAAAAAUACAAUAUUAAUAUAAAUUGUAUAUAAAAAGGCAGUUGAUUGUACAAACAUGUAAGAUUGAUCAAACAAUUAAAAAAAUUAUGAGGAUAAAACCAAAAUAAAAAUAAGUAGUUUUUUUAAAAAAAAUUAAUUUUCAUUUUCAGGCAUAAAUUAACUUAUAUUAAUGAUGAUAAGAAAAAUUAUGUGAAUCAUCAUGUGAAAUAUAAAACUAAUAUAUAACAUCAGAAUAUGUGAAAUAUAAAACUUUUUUUUUUAAUUCUGUUCUGUGAUUGUCCAAAGAGAAAAUGUAUACCUGAGUGUUAAAUUUAAAAAAAAGUGACAAUCACUCUAUUUUACAUAUUAUUGACCAUUUAAAUAAAUUUUUGAAUUUGAAUAGGAAAAAGCUUUGAUAAAAACUAAUUUAUCUGCUAUUUAAACAUGAGGUUCCUUCAUGAAACCAUUAGCUCGAAGGGCUCUUAACUAUGUAAAAUGUUGAAGACCCCUGCAUAGAUGAAUGAGUAUGCACACAAGUCCUUGCAAUGAUCUAUUUUGGAUAAGGAAGGAGAAAUUUAUCCUCCUCUUCCUUUAUGUAAUAUUUUUUUGUAAUUUCUUAAAAACUUUCAGAAUUUAGAAUUGGCAUAUUUGAUUAUGACUUAUGGUGUUUCAUGCAUUCAAAAGCAUAAACAAAAAAAUAAUUUCUCUAUAACAUUGAAAAUUUCAGAUGAUUAAAAAUCUUGCCAAGAAAAAAAAUGGUUCCCGAAUUUCAGAAUGCCAAAAUUAGAUUUAGACAUCUGUUCAAUCUUGUGUCAAAGGAAAAAAUUGAUUUCCUUGCCUGUGUAAUUAUUCUUAAUAUUCUAUUUUUGUGAAAUUUUCAAAUGUGCAUUUGCAUUCAUUGUCAUUCACAUUUUUCAAUUUAAUUUUUUGUUGAAUAUGUUUGUCUCUUUUGAAGUCAUUUUUUUAGAUUUAGAAUCGGUGUUCAUGUUCAGUUUGUGUCAAUGUUUUAUGUGACUAAUCAAAGCCACAAAUAUGCAUUUCUUUAAGAAAAUGUUUGAGUGAAAAUGUUCAAGGAGAUUGAUUUGUAUUUUAUAGUAUAUUCAUAUAGAUCUGUUUAUUAUCAGUAUUGUAAAGUAGAAUUAAAGCAUGGAUUUUAUUGAUUUUAUAUUACAUUGUUUUCUACUGUGAAUUUAACACAAUGUAAAAUUUUGACAUGCUUUUUUUGUUCAUGAAGUUUUUAGAUUAACGAAAUAUUUCAACUUACUGAUUUUUGAUAGUUAUCAGACUUUAUUGGAAGUGUUACCUGCUUUUUCAUGAUGUUUCUGGUUAAUAUUAAUAUAUUGUGUGUAGAUAGACUCAAGUUUUAUUGUGGUUGGAAAUUGUUGCAUCAUGCCUGUUAGAAUGGUCUGUUGAAAUGUUUAUGAGUGUUGUUUCAAAGAUCAUGCAUGUGCCUUAGGAUUCUGUCAAUACAAAAUAUUUUUUAGUGUUUAUUCAUGGUUGAUCUACCAUUGACCAAAAAUGCUUGUGUCAAAUGUUCUACAAAUUUUAUUUGAGAAGCUACUUUUUUUAAGAAAAAAUUAAUUUGUAACCCAAAAUAUAAUUGUAUUUUGAGAUGACUUGUCUUGUAUUUUAUGGUAGUAGAAUUGUUUUGUUAGCACUAUUGUCAUAAUUUGCAGUUCAUUAUUUACAUAAAUUAUGUUUAGUUAAGGUAUUCCUAUAAAAAGUAUGACCGUAUUUACCCUCGUAUAAGAUUUUAUACAUAUAUUUUUUCAAGUUAAAUUUUUGUUCUCUAUAUCUUGGAGGCCAUUGGCACCAGCGGGCCUAAGGUGUUGAAGUACAAUUAAACCUUAUUCAUCGCCAUCAGCUAUUGUUUUAUUACCUUGUUUGAAGAAAAAUGUCUGUACUAGUACAAUUUGAAAUUAUGCAAUUUCUGAAAAGGUGAAUCCCAAAAAUGUAAUAGAUGGUCCCAAAAGAUCUCGUGUUGUAGAUUAAAAUGAUUGGCAGUACAUAAUUUUUAACAUUCCUUGAAAAUCAGAUUUUAAUGCUCUAAGAUUCAAAACUUUCAAGGAAUGCACCGACAAUGUUUCAGGAAACAUACUGUAAAACAGAAUGAGUGUCUUGGAUUGCAUUUGUGCCUGCUUGUUCACAUGCCCUUUUUUCCCUAAAUAUCUUUAAUGUUUAUAAAGAGUAUGUGCAAUUCACUUCUUUUCACAAUUCUCUUUCUUUCGGUGCUUUGUUUUUAGCACAUUUGAUCCUGAGCAUUACACUACAUGGUUAACCCCUGAGUACUGGGCAAUACAGCUAUCGUUCAAAACAUUGUAAAAGAAAAACCAUCAUGCACAUAUAUCAUAUUAUGUUGAAGUUCAGAAAUUGUUCUAUUUGCAUAUCAGUUUUUUCUGCCUUUACUUUUAGAAAUAUACUCUGGUAAAAAAAAUGAUAAAAGCUAAUUUAGUCCAGAAGAUAUGCCAUUUACAGAAAAUUAUAUUUCACUGUUUUUUUCAAUAGUAAAUAAGAUUGUUCAUAAAUUUCAACAGCAGUCUAAAGAAAAUUAAAACUCUUGAAUUUGAGAAGACUCACCAAUAGAAUCAUUUGCA